CACUAGAAAAACAUUCGCACGACUUAAUUGAAACCAUUCAAUUACUCGGAAAUUAUUCAAUUACUCUAUACGGGUCUCCAGUUCAGUCGAAAAAAAUUUGCACUCAUCUUCGCCGCACAUUGCGCUAGAGGCAAAUCGUCCUCAGUGUCGAUCGGUUGGCCGGCGCGGCGCGGCGGCGGUCAUCGGACGAUGUUGAUGAAGAAACCAAAGAUAUCCCCACACAAACGAAUCCAAGUUAUUUGGACGAUUGCGCGCCUUCGAUGAUCGUCAUCGCCGCCGAUCGCCGAUCAACAUCAGUAGCACGCUUGCAAACGCCAUACACAGCCGAUAGAGCCAGAAGAAGAUUACCAUACGCGUCUCAUACGUUCGUCACCUUGCGGUUGUUUGUGUUACCGAAAUCAAAUUCGCGCGCAACAAGGUUACGCCUCGUGUGCCAAUAUGAAGAUCCAUCGAAGCUUUGUUCUAAAACUUUUGCUGAUUGCUGUCACGAUUAUCAGUGUUGUUGGAUUCCAAGAGAAAGAUACGAGUACGUUACAUCCUAAGUUGAACGAGCUUGACUCAAUAGAUGAGUUUGAUGAAGUGAUCGGAUCCGUGAAGAUUGGCCCUAGUGGUUUUGAUCAUCAGCUGAAUACGUCAGAGUACCAUAUGGUUCUGUUCUACGCCCCAUGGUGUGAAUAUUGUUUAAAAAUUCUACCGGAAUGGACGGAAGCCACCCAGAUGAUGAUGGAUAGAAAAUUUUCCGAUCUAGUCCAGUUUGCACAUGUGGACUGCAUCUCCGAGGAAGAAUUCUGCUCCAGGCUGGAUAUCACAGAUUACCCGACCAUACGAACCUAUAUGCGUGGACCUCCCAGGCGUUUCGAGUUGGUGUAUCCGUACCUGUUGGAGGAUACGGUGGAGUAUAUGAAAGAUUAUUUGUUAAAUUCGACUGAUAACAGCGACGAUAGCGAUGAUACUUAGCCAUUAAUGAAUGGAAUGAGAAUGAUAAUAAAGGUGAAACAAAAGUUUA